UAAAGCUGUGCAAUCUUUUCUCCCUAGAUCAUAAGCUCAUCUAGUCAGCUUGCCAACCAUCCAUACCUACUGCACCUUGUCCGUCAUCUGUCUCUUAUACAAAUUAAGCCCAUUUUUAUUCUCUUCAAGUUUCGGUUCAUAAUUUCUAAACCUUCCAUUUCUUAUACCAAUGGCAACAGCCUCAGCUACACUCUCUCUACCCACAUUGGCUGCUGCCCCUGUUGGCAAUCCCAGGAGGAGAACCAGCGUUAAUGUAAAUUAUACUACAGGAUUGAAUUCUUUUAGUGGGCUAAAAGCUCAUAACAAUGUGGUCUCACUAGGGCAACCGGUAUGCACCGAGCAAUCUUUUUCAAAGGUUGUGAGCUCACUGAAAGCUCCAUCAAAGGGGAAAGGUAAGGGAGGUGGUGCCCUCUCUUCAACCUGCAAUGCAGUUGGUGAGAUAUUUAGGAUUGCAGCAAUCAUGAAUGGCCCUGUUCUCAUUAGAGUUGCUGUGGGAUUUGUUCGUCUUCGAAUUGAAGCAUCUUUGGAAGAGGCCGAGUGAGGAUAUUAGAAACUUUCAAACUGCCUGCACUACUCUCCCCCUUCCCCUUCCCCUGCCUUGUUUACUUGUCUGCUGCCUGGUGUGGUAUUAUUAUGUUAAAAGAAUCUGUCCCCUGCCUUCUUACCAGAUGGAAAUGUAAAAGAAUCUGCCAAAUGUUUAUAACAUCUUUCUUUGAAUAUUUGUCUUUAUUGUUACAACACGAAAUUUUCAAAGUUGGCAGGACCGGUAGAUCUAACUUAAGGGAACUUCUCCCUUCUAUAAAUAGGAUUAUCAUAUAAACCUACAUCAGGUUCUCUCAUAUGCUCGCUUCUUCCUCCUUAAGCGUCGAAGUGUUCAUGUCAAGCAAUAUCCCGACCAACGUCCACUCAGUGGUUUCAUCUCGCAGGAAAAGCAAUAAUGUUCUUGCUUCUUCUCCCUCAUGCUCCUCCCACAGUUUGGUACGACAACAUAAGACUAAUGUGGCAGCCAAUCCAAUGGUUCUUGCACAGUGUUUUCUUCAGGACUUGGUCUCGUUAUAUCCUCGAUAGUUUAUUUUAUCUAACCAAAGCCAAUUCAAAAUCAAGCUCUAUCAGGCCGACA